AUGGUCAGAAACCAUACAACGAUAAAAGAAUUUAUCUUGUUGGGAUUUCAAGAAUUCUCUGAACUGCGGAUUCUUUUUUUCUUUACCUUUUUAACGAUUUACAUUUUGACCAUAAUGGGAAACAUUCUUGUUCUUCUGUUGAUUAUCUUGGAUCCACAUCUUAAAAGCCCUAUGUAUUUUUUUCUGGGGAACCUGUCCUUUCUGGAGGCUUGCUACAGUUCAAAUAUAUUUCCAAGGAUGAUUUCAGCUCUCUUGACUGGUAACAGGAGAAUUUCCUUCAACAGCUGUUUUACACAACUCUAUUUCUUUGGUUCAUUGGUAUCUUCAGAAUGCUGUUUACUCUGUGUGAUGUCUUAUGAUAGAUAUUUAGCAAUCUGUAAACCAUUGCAUUAUGCAACCAUCAUGAAAAGCUGGACAUGUAUCCAACUAGUAGCUGUCUCUUGGAUCAAUGGAUUUGUGGCUUUGAUGGUACUCCUUGUUUUGAUGUUGCAGUUAAACUUCUGUAACUCCAAUGAGAUUGAUCAUUACUUCUGUGAAUAUUUUCCCAUUCUAAGACUCUCCUGCAGUGAUAUUAGCAUGGUGCAAAAUUUGAGCUUCCUGGUGGCUUCUGUGUUCACAUUUCCUUCUUUUCUUCUGACACUUACAUCUUACAUUUAUAUUAUUGUUGCCAUCUUAAACAUUCCCUCUGCUACUGGGAGGCAAAAGGCUUUUUCUACAUGUUCAUCUCACUUGAUUGUAGUUUUUGUUUUCUAUGGAUCUCUAAUUAUUGUAUAUAUGACACCAAAGGCUAAAAUUGGGAGGGAGAUGCAAAAAAUAUUCUCUUUGUUAUACACAGUUUUGCCUCCCCUACUCAACCCUUUUAUAUACAGUCUGAGAAAUAAAGAAGUCAAAGAUUCUCUAAGAAAAAAUAUCUGCAGGAAUUUUCAUUUACUUUCAAAGGAAACCAGAGGAAAGUUGCUUAUGUAA